AGUAUAUUGCUAUGUAUACUUAUGAGAGUUCUGAACAAGGAGACCUAACUUUUCAACAAGGUGAUAUGAUUCUUGUGACGAAGAAAGAUGGCGACUGGUGGACAGGAACACUGGGUGAUAAAUCAGGAGUUUUCCCAUCUAAUUACGUGAGACUCAAAGAUUCUGAGGCUCCUGGAGCAGCUGGAAAAACGGGAAGCUUAGGGAAGAAACCUGAAAUUGCCCAAGUUAUUGCCUCUUACACUGCAACGGGUCCAGAACAGCUUACUCUUGCUCCUGGUCAGUUGAUUCUUAUCAGAAAGAAGAAUCCAGGUGGCUGGUGGGAAGGAGAGCUCCAAGCACGAGGGAAAAAACGGCAGAUAGGAUGGUUCCCUGCUAAUUACGUAAAACUUCUGAGCCCUGGUACCAGUAAAACUACACCAACCGAGCUACCUAAAUCAACAGCAUUACCUUCAGUGUGCCAAGUAAUUGGCAUGUAUGACUACACUGCACAGAAUGACGAUGAGCUAGCGUUCAAUAAAGGCCAGAUUAUAAACGUCCUUAACAAGGAAGACCCAGACUGGUGGAAAGGGGAGGUGAAUGGACAAGUGGGUCUCUUUCCAUCCAACUAUGUGAAGCUGACAACAGACAUGGACCCAAGCCAGCAAUGGUGUGCAGACUUGCAUCUUCUGGAUAUGUUGACACCUACUGAAAGGAAAAGGCAGGGAUACAUCCACGAGCUCAUUGUUACAGAAGAGAACUAUGUAAAUGAUCUGCAGUUGGUCACAGAGAUCUUCCAGAAACCACUAAUGGAAUCUGAGCUGCUAACAGAAAAAGAAGUUGCUAUGAUUUUUGUUAAUUGGAAGGAGCUGAUUAUGUGCAAUAUAAAACUACUGAAGGCUUUGCGUGUGCGUAAGAAGAUGUCUGGAGAGAAGAUGCCAGUGAAAAUGAUUGGUGACAUACUGACAGCUCAGCUGCCACACAUGCAGCCUUACAUUCGGUUCUGUAGCUGCCAGCUCAAUGGGGCAGCGCUCAUCCAGCAGAAGACAGAUGAAGUCCCCGAGUUCAAGGAGUUUGUUAAAAGGUUAGCAAUGGAUCCUCGCUGUAAAGGAAUGCCACUAUCAAGUUUUCUACUAAAGCCUAUGCAACGGGUAACCAGAUACCCACUAAUAAUUAAAAAUAUAAUAGAAAACACUCCUGAAAACCACCCAGACCACAGUCACUUGAAGCAUGCUCUUGAGAAAGCAGAAGAAUUAUGUUCUCAAGUAAACGAAGGAGUGCGGGAGAAGGAAAAUUCAGAUAGGCUGGAGUGGAUCCAGGCUCAUGUUCAGUGUGAAGGCCUGUCGGAGCAACUCGUAUUUAAUUCUGUUACAAACUGCUUGGGACCACGCAAGUUUCUGCACAGUGGGAAACUCUAUAAAGCCAAGAGUAACAAGGAACUGUAUGGCUUUCUGUUCAACGAUUUCCUUCUCCUGACUCAGAUCAUAAAACCUCUUGGCUCUUCUGGCACAGACAAGGUCUUCAGCCCCAAGUCUAAUCUGCAAUACAAAAUGUACAAAACUCCCAUUUUUCUAAAUGAGGUACUAGUAAAAUUACCCACAGACCCUUCUGGAGAUGAGCCCAUCUUCCACAUCUCCCACAUUGACAGAGUCUAUACACUCCGGGCUGAAAGCAUUAAUGAAAGGACUGCCUGGGUUCAGAAGAUCAAGGCUGCUUCAGAACUUUACAUAGAGACUGAAAAGAAGAAGAGGGAAAAGGCCUACUUAGUUCGCUCGCAAAGAGCAACAGGCAUUGGGAGGUUGAUGGUCAAUAUUGUUGAAGGCAUUGAACUAAAACCUUGCAGGUCCCAUGGAAAGAGUAACCCGUACUGCGAGGUGACGAUGGGCUCUCAGUGCCACAUUACCAAGACGAUACAGGACACCCUCAACCCGAAGUGGAACUCCAACUGCCAGUUCUUUAUCAAAGACCUCGAGCAGGACGUGCUCUGCAUUACGGUGUUCGAGAGGGACCAGUUCUCCCCAGAUGACUUUUUGGGCAGAACAGAGAUCCGUGUGGCAGACAUUAAGAAGGAUCAGGGUUCAAAGGGACCAGUUACAAAGUGUCUCCUUCUGCAUGAAGUCCCAACAGGAGAGAUAGUCGUCCGACUAGACCUGCAAUUGUUUGAUGAGCCUUAGAAGGAAAGGGACCAAUGUUUCGUUUCAGUCUGAGUUCACUGCAAUAGGUGUCUGCAGAAGCAAAAUCCUUAUUGGUGUGGUAAGAAACUACUGCUUGCCCUUCACACAUAAGAGGGUUAUCAAAGCAAACAGGAGCAUCUUUGUGCCUUGAUAAUUCUCACUGAAAAAUGAAUCCCAAUUUAGUGAGGAGAUCUCCCUCGAUUUCUCUGUGUGGAACUCGAGGUUAGUUUCCUGGGUUUAUGAAAUAACCUAAUUGUUUGUUGUGCUCCAGUCUGAAAGGCUGGCAAACCACAUAGGUUGCUGUGCUUGCUCCGGUUACCCUAUUCUUUAAUUUAAAUGAAGAAGGCAAUGUUGGUAUGUUUUGGAGGCUUUCUGCAGGGUUUUCCCCCUUGAGGAAUUCUGUGCCUAUUGCUCAGCAAAGUGGUGUGUAAAUAUAAUGUGAAUGGAAGGAGCAGUUAUGCAGUAAGAAGAUCUUUGAAGGUCUUCAUGGUGGUACCGAAAAGACUUAGAAAAUAAAUAGUCUAUAUCUAUA